CCUAUUGACACAUUCGCCGUGACACAUUUCGUAGGGUAAAUAAAUUGUGUAAAUCACAUGUUCGGCUAACGAAAUCCCAACCAAAUUCUCAAUGAAACCCUGGGCCUAAAGGAGUGGCGACCCAAGGGAAUUCGAUCAAAUAUGAAGGCCAUCAGACGUGGGGCAUCCACCGAAUGCACACAGAAUGCCCACUCCCCGGCCUCGGUGAUUCGGUCACUGAGAAAACUCACGCCCACGGCAUUCAAGAUUCUCCGCCAGGCCAUCGCCAGGGUUGAGGACUUGGGCACCAUGGGCCAGAAGAUCCGCCUGAACGAUCGGGAACUGGAGGCCAACAAGGUGAUCAUGGCCGUCAAGAAGAAGGAGAUAGUCAAGGGCUUACUGGACCCGAGCAAAUUUACGCCGGGCCAGCACAUCUUCAAGACCCUGACAGAGGUCCGCAAGUCGCCGAUCUUCAAUCUGAUCAAGAAAAUGCCCAAGGGCGGGGUGCUCCAUGCCCACGAUACGGCGCUCUGCAGCACCGAAUAUCUAAUAAGUCUGACCUAUCGCGAGAAUCUCUGGAUCUGUACCGCGGAUGAGGGCUGCAAGGCGAUUGCUUUUCGAUUUUCCAAGGGGAAACCCACUCAGAAACCCCUGGAAAAAUGCAGCUGGGAGCCAAUGGCGGAGUUUCGGGAACGGCGCGGUGAAGAUAAUGUGACUGUAUACCUCAGACGAAGAUUCAGCAUGUAUCCCUUCUCCAAGUUCGUCUCGAACAAUCAAGCCUGGGCACACUUCAUGGGCAUCUUUAUUCUGCUGGACGGUCUGCUUUGCCACGCCCCCAUUUGGGCUGAAUACUAUUACAACGCCCUCAAGGAAUUCUCCGAGGACGGGGUGCAAUAUCUAGAGCUUCGAUCCCUGCUUCCGCCGCUCUACUGCAUCGAUGGCGAUGUGCUGACCAUCCGGGACACGGUGGCCAUAUAUAAAUCGGAACUGGAGCGCUUCAAGGCCGACCAUCCGGACUUUAUUGACUCGAAGCUGAUAUAUGCCCCGCUGAGAGGAGUGGAGCCCAGUGUGGUCGAGCAGUAUGUAAAGACAGCUGUGGAACUAAAUAAAGAAUUUCCCACCUUCAUGGUUGGCUUUGAUCUGGUGGGUCAGGAGGAGCUGGGUCGACCGCUGAUAGAUUUUGUGGAGCCCCUGCUGAAAAUGCCCGAGCACAUUAAUUUCUACUUCCACGCGGGCGAGACGAACUGGUUUGGAUCGGCCAUCGAUGAGAACCUGGUGGAUGCCCUACUGAUGGGCACCAAGCGGAUCGGACACGGCUUCGCCCUCACCAAGCAUCCGAUGAUGUUGCGACUGGCCAGACUGCUGGAUGUCGCCAUCGAGGUGUGCCCCGUGUCGAACCAGGUGCUCCAGCUGGGCGUGGACUACCGCAACCAUCCGGCGGCUCUGCUGUUGGCCGCCAGUGUGCCCAUUGUGAUAUCCUCAGACGAUCCGUCCUUCUGGCGCUGCGCCCCGCUGUCCCACGACUUCUACUUCGCCUUCCUGGGCAUUGCCCCGAUGAAGGCGGACCUGAGGUUCCUCAAAAGCCUGGCCCUCAACUCCAUCCGGUACAGUGCCCUGGUGGGCGAGGAAAGGCAGGUGGGCUACGAAAAGUGGCAGAAAAAGUGGGACAAGUGGAUCGAGGAUGUGGUGGAGAAUAAGUGUGAUUGAAAGAAGCUCCCCUUUUUAAAUGAAUACAACGCGGUA